AUGAAUCAGUCCGGCAUCGUCGUCAGCGUCGUGUCCGGCAUCGCCAGCGAUGCGGACCGUGACGCAUACGGCGUCGCCCUCUCCGUCGUCUCCAGCAUCGUGUGCACCUUCGGCACCUUGGCCAACGCCGUCAACGUCAUGGUCUUCCUCCGGCAGGGCGUGUCAGACACGGUGACAAUCAGCUUCCUGACUUUGUCUUUGAGCGAUUUCGGCGUCACCAUCACGAUGAUCGGGGUCGGGUUGUGUUUCAGUCCUCUUGUUGUGAAUGCAGGUUUCCCCGUGAAUACGUUUGAUCUUUCCUAUAUCAUAGGCUGGACUCAUAUCGUUUUUGCGCGAAUUUCUAGUGGAAUCACAGCUUUCGUCUCUUUUGAGAGAUGCCUCUGUAUCGCUAUGCCGCUUAAGGUUAAGUCUAUCAUCACAACGACGCGGGCCUACAUCAUCCUGACCGUUAUCACCAUCAUCAUGACUUUGAGCACCGUUCCUGUUUUCUAUACAAGCCGCAUGGCCUGGACCUUCGACCGAAACACCAACCGCACCAUCCUCAGCAUGAUUUUUACCGACGAUCGGGAUUUCGUUGAUGGAAUCUCUUUCGGGCAUCAACACCGUCUUUCUAAUCCCGUUAAUCUUCAUCUGCACCGUCAUCUUUGCAAUGAUCCUAACCGUUUUUUCACGGCCAUUAUCGUCCCAGAAUUCAAUGUCGGCAUGCGCGAACAGAAUUUGCUAUUUAUAACCGGGACCUUCACCCUUCUCCUGCAGGCUGUAAAUUCGUCUGUUAGUAUUUUCAUCUACUACAAUAUGAGCUCGAAGUAUAAGAAAACCUUUAUGGAACUUUUUUCCUUGUGUUUUUAAGGUUAAUCCCAACUCAGUGUAACGACACUGUGUUUCGGUUUAUUCAAUGCGUUUAUGGAUAAGAAAAGAUAAGAAAAAUUAACAAAUAC